CAUCUAAUUUUUCCAUAUUAAAAUUUUUGACGCAAAUGUUAAAUGUGACUCCCUUAAGUGUCCGAGGAAAAUUACUAAAAUUCUCUAAAAAUUCAUCAAAUCCAUAAAAAUAAACAACCAAGCAUAUUUAUAAAAGCAAUCACUACACUUUGUGAAUAUAAUUAAACUCAAUUUCUUGCGAUAAAAGUGUAAAAUCGUGCCUAAAAAAAACUACGUAUAACUUCUCUAUAAUCGCGUUUGGUGGGUGUCUUUUCUGUCCCCUAAAUAAAAUCUGAUACAUAUACCACAGGAGAACUUUCAUUCGGCCAGGCAUCAGGCACAGCAAGAGUAUAGGCCAGCCAGCCAGUUAGUCAAAUUCAAAGCAAAAAUGAGACUUCUCCUCACCAAGUAGAAGCAAGUAGAACCAGAAGAGACGAGAACAAAAAGAAAAUAAUUGUGCUCCUUUAUUUGGUAGUUAAAAACAAGCUCCCUUGUGCUUGGUUACAUAUUAUGUGUUGUUAUAUUUCUUUUUUGAGAAUAAAAUUCCAGUCAAAAAAUAUUGUUUACAUUAUUGAAGAAUACGUGUUUACAUUUAGAGGAAUACAUUUAUAGAAAUAAAAUAUUUUGCAACUGGGAAUCAAAUUUCCAAGUGAAGUGCUCUCAUUUUUUCCCAUUUAUAAAGUGACAUUGAAAAAAAAAAAUAUAUUUCUAUUUAUAUUGUGAAAGAGUUAUUCGUAAUGAAGUAGACCUGUGAUUUUUGUUAAAAACAAAAACAAAGAAGAAGAAGAAGAAUAAAGUUUUAAGAAUUAUUGUUGUUGAAUUGAAUCACCAUAGCAUAGCUAGAGAGACGCUCCAAGCAUUAACAAACAACAAUGAAGGAAGACGAUGUUGUCGUUGUGAGCUCCGACUCUGAGGAGGAUGAGGACAUCGUAUGGACGAGAAAGAAUCAAAACAAACAAUACCAAAUACUGUCGGAAAAAAUCAGGCCUAUUUUAUAUUAUCAAGUUCAAUCUGGCUACAAGAAAUCCAUAAGAUUUCCAUAUGAUAAGUUUCAGGAGUUUGCAAAUGAUUUUCAGAAAUCGCUUGAUCUUGUUAACACGGAAUCAACUAAGGCAUUUAUAUGGAAAAAUUUAAUACGCUGGAUUGUAUCAAUUAAGCUUUGUUAUGAAAAUACCACAGAUUGUAUCAACGACCGAUGCUUCAACCUCAUCUUGACGGAUCUUAUGGCUCAAUACAUAAAUUACAAGUGCAAACUGAAUUCUUCUAUUAGUGAUGAGGAUGAAGUUAGUCGUGUAACAAACGACAUUAUACUUACAUUAAAUUUGGUAUUCAGCGGCUGGGUGCCAGGAAUUUUGAUGACACUUUUAAAAAUUGAUGUCAUUGAUGAAUAUCAACUGAUAUUGUAUCCGAUAUUUAGAAAAUACCUCUCCAACAAGCAUCUUCAUGAAACUACCGAUUUUAUUUCUUAUUUGCGGCUUAUUCUUUGCUUUAGAAAAUGGAAAAAACUAACGCAUUUAAAAGAAGACAAAGAAAUAAUUAAUGAAAUAGCUGUUGGAAAAUCACUUAAGGCUCUUAAUUCCGAUCUUAUAGAUUUAUCAACAGAAACAGUUGAUAUACCUGUGUUGCCUAGAACUGUACCAGCAGUUAAUGAAGACAAUCGCGAGUUUGCCAAAAUAAAUGGUCUUAUUGGUUUUGCUAUUAAAAAUCGAGAAUCUGGAACUAGAAUUUUGCUUAUAAGUAAAACAUUUGAACUUGAUGAUGCUAUAGAGCAGUUUUUCAAACAGUAUAGUGAGUACAUAAAUCGGUGGACUCCAAAGUUGUUGGAUGUAUCAAAAUGGGAAAUAAAACCAACACUAAUAGAAGACUUAACGAGAUCACCAUCACCAUCAAAUCAACUGCGUGACAGUCCCGAAAUCGAAAACAAAAUUAAUAUUAAUGGAAAACAAGGUACUAAGGCUGUAGAUCAGCAUUUAUCAAUAAACUGUGAUACAUCUAGUAUAAGUGUAUAUAAUAAGUUAAAUAAUUUAAGUAUAAGUAACUAUAAGAUUGAAAAUCUAAGUCCUAGUUUUAAGAAUAACCAACAGAAUAGAAAUAGUGAUGUAGUAUUAAGUUCAAACAAUAAUAAUGUAGUUGACCUUGAGACUGAAGACGAGGACGAGGACGACGAAGAUGAAAAUAAGCCUAUGAGUGCAUAUGAAAAACAAGUCUUUGUUGUCAUUGAAAAGUUAAAAAAACGAGCAAUAGUUGUCGGAGAACUUUUAGAUCGUGUAAAUAGUGAAAAAACUAACAAUAAUCCACCAGUUAUUUUAGACAUCUCAUCAGAUGAGACCCGUCAAUCUAGUGCUGAAGUACCAACGGUCCCGGUGCCGUUGGUUCCGGUGCCGUCGGUUCCAGUGCCAGUUCCGACGGCUAGGAAUAAUAUUGAGGUCCCUGUUGCAACAAAUUCUGAUCCAAUGCGUGCUUCUCUGAAUCCUCCAAAUGUCCCUGUAGAAAAACAUAUUCGAAAACGACACGGCAUAGUGUCGAGUACAACAUCGUUUGAAGGCACUGGUGACGAUAGUGAUAAUUCUGAUGACUAUGACGGUUUUGGGGUUCAUAGUAGAGUCCUUUUUUCACAACGCUCCUUUUCUAAAGUGGUUGAGGAAGCAACUUCAUCAACAAAUGAAAUCCCAAAAACACACUCAAAUGGCAACAGCCAACCGCGAAGAUCGAUUUCAAGUAGCCCAUGUCCGACGAGACCAUCUUCAGCAUCCCCCGAUAGGUGGUCAAAUUUCUCUCCCUCAAGUACAAUACGAUCAGGAAGUUCAAGUCGUUUAGGAAUAGUAUCAGGUACAAGUAGUUUAACUGCUGGAAGAUCAACAAGUUCUAUAAAUGAUGGGGAAAUGCCAACAUGCUCCCGAUAUGUUGCAAUACCCGCUUCAGCACCCACCUUAACAAAUAGAGAAGAAACAUCACAAAAGGACAACAACAUUGAUCUAAAAAAUAAAGAAUCUGCUACAUCAAUUAAUGUUAUAGAAAGUAGUGCAUCCACACCUGAAAAAUCCGAAACUGAAGAACACAAGAGCUUGCCUAGUCAUCCGACAUCAGAUCACGACUCGCCAAUAAAAGAAGCUCCAAUUAUUAAUAAAUCGAAAGAUUUAGAAGUUUAUACACGCACUUGUUCUGUAAGAGAUCUUCUUAAAAAUAUAUCCGGUUUUAUUGGCGAUUCACAAGGAGAAUAUGGCUUCGAAAGUUCAAAAGACAAAUGUGGCCCAGAUAAAUCCCUAAUAGAAAUUUCUUUGACAUCGACAAGUGUGAAAAAUAAAUCUAUUAGUAGUGGGAGUGCUGAGAAAACUGAAGAAAAUCUUUCUCAAUUUAAAGUCAGAAAAACAGUAGAUGGUGUUGAAAAAGAUACAAACACUAGAAAAGAAGUUGAAAACCAAGUUAAAGCCUUAAUACCUCAGCAAUCAAAAGUACUACCUAAAAUUGAUACAAUAAAUGAAUCAAAAGAUUCCAGUAGUAGUUCGAAAAUAAUGGAAGAGGAAAAUUCAAGAAGAUUUAUCGAAAAACCAGAUUUAGAGAAAUCAAAUGAUAUUUCAUGUCAUCCCCAAUUAGAUAUUGACAAAAAUUCUGCCAAAGUGAAAGAGGUUAAAAAUACAGAAAACAAAAAAGUGCUCGACCAGCCAAAUGAAUUCGAAAAAGCGGAAAGUAUUCUCAAGAUUUCUAUCACAAAACCUGAAAAUAAGAUUGAGGAAGAGAAUUUAAACAUACAAACUAAAGAGCCAGUUGGCGAAUUAUCUAAGGCCCAUGUUGAGAAAACUAAUCCAAUUGUAGAUCAAGAUAAUUCAUUUGAAGAAGAUGAAUCAUCCACUGAUGAUAUAGAAUCACCGCCUUAUGAACCUAUUUGUCAAAAUGAAAGUCUUGAUAUACCUGACAAAAAUUCUGAAACCGAUAAUGAGGAAAAACAAACUAAAAAAGAGCAGACAAGUCAGUCGAUUGAAAAUGGUUCUGGAGCCCAAAGUGUGGAAAAAGACUUCCCUAUUUCAAAGUCCCAGCAAGAUGAUGAAGCAAAUAAACCAACCAUUGCUGAGCAAAUUUGUAAACCAAAUAAUGUCAAAGAUAUAUGUUUACAAAGUCAAGAAGCAGCAAGAGAAAAGUUAAGCGAUAACCAGGUUAAUAAACUUUUUCAAAAUGAACUGCCCGAUCAAAAGGAAACAAAUACAAACACAAACCAAAAACCCAGUGAUGAUGCAAAAUUAAAAAUUGAUGAAAUCGUAAAAUCAGAUCACGAUUACGUCACAGUCGAUUAUUUAGACCGUUCAAAUAAUGACCAUGCUUUUGAUGAGCUAAAAGAACUUCAAAGUUUCAUUGACAGUCCAAAAUCUUCUGGUUUUGAAUCUUCAACCAAAGAUACGUCUGGUUCUGAUCAAAUAUUAGAAGCUUUAAAUGAAGACAUUGAACCAAUUGAUCGACGAGUGACAAAUGAAGUAACUCAAUUGCAGAUUCUGGAAAAUGAAGAGAAAAAGGACUAUGAACAAUUUUUCGAAGUAUUUACUGACCCAGCUUUUACUGCAAGUCCAUCUGAUAAUCCAGAAAAUGGAGAAGACACAAUUAAGAAUCGAUUAUACCAAAGACAAGAAGUUGAAGAUGAAAAAAAUUCAAUUUUACCGUCAGAUCUAACUUUACUUUCUUUAGAAGAUCAAAAUAUAACAAUUGAAAAUCAUGAUAAAGAGGUUAAUGAGGAACAAUUCUUUGGAUCGCAAAGAAUUUCAUCUUGUGAUGGAAAUCUUAUUGGCAAAACUGCUGAAACCCUUGAAAGCCUAACGUCAAAUGCCAAAGAAAAUAUAGAAGUUGAAUGCGUUAAUACAAAAUCAAGUCUUGACACAAGAUUAAUUCUUGUUGAUAUUGGAUUUGAUGUUGAAGGGGUCACAAAAAGAGCUAAGGAUGCGAAGCCAGAAAAUGUACAGAAGAAUAAAGCAAUAGAUGAUCAAACCGUCGACGCCGAUAAUGAUAUCAAUGAAAACCAAUCUACUGCUCAGAAAUUGUCUUGCGAUGAGAAUGCUGAAUCAAUAGGAACUGAAAUAUAUACUGAAGACUUAGUCUCUUCCAAUGGGGAAGAUAAAAAACACAUUCAUAAACCUAAAACAAAAAAUGCAAUGAAAACUCCUGAUGUUGAUACGAAUGACGAAAAUCAAGACCUUACUGAACAAAGAACUUCAUCCGGGAAACAAAAUUCUAAAUCAAAUGAAAUUGAAAAUGAUCAAUUAGUUAUUCAGGAACCUAUUUCUAAUACAAGUGCCAACCCAAUUAAAAGGGAGUUUAUAAAGAAUGAUAAGGAAUGUGAAAAACUAGAAGAACAAACUCAAGAAAACCAAUCUUCUAACAUUGAAGAUGUUAACAAAGAUAAAUUAGCUUUUGUCGAAGAAGUUUCAGAAAAAAGAUCAUAUGGGAAGUUUGAGGCAAACAAAAAACAAACUGUUGACAUCCAAAAAGUUCACAACAACGACUUCAAUACUGAGGAGAUACCUACUAUUGAAAAUGUAACCCAAAAUAACAAAGAAACAACUGAAAAUAGUGUUAAUCAAUCAGAAGACAUCUGCACAACAGAGCAAAAGAAAAUGGAAGAAAUCGUAUCUUCCUCUCCAAGAGUAAUGCACGGUUUCUUGGAAGUAUUGAAUACAGCUGAAGAUGAAUCCACUUUAUAUAACAAAGUUAUAGAUGAUGAGUCUUUUGUAAAAGAUAAUCCAGAAGACAAAAUAGAAAUUAUGGGCGAAACUGAUUCUACAGAGAGCAUUAAUAAAUCUCAGACGCUUUUUAAUGAAAUUGUUGCUUUACCUGCUGAGGACACGAAAAAACGAAAGCUCAUAAUUCGUAUAGCUAGGUUGUCAAUCUUGGAAAAUGAACUGGUACGAGCAAAUUCACUUUCUAAAAUUGAAUUAAAAGAAGAAAAACUUGAAAACCCCAAAUCUAUGGAAGAAUCUGGGGAAUAUCAGAUUAAAAAGCACACUUCCCGAAAAAUUCAAAAACAAAGCCGCAAGAAAAUUAAGAAAGCAAUGAAGAAACAAGUUUUACAAGAAAUUAUCUUAGAAAAGGUUAACGAAUUAAUUGAACCAAUUAAAGAUUCUAAAACAUCCACGGAAAGCCACAUUCUGAAAACUAAGAAUGAAAACGAAAACGGAUUCAUGACUACAGAAGAACAUACUGAUAAGGACGGAGAUGAUAAAACGCAAGCUGGUAUUUUGUCUGAAGAAAUCAAUGAAUCUUUUGUAAAAGAUGUAAAAGAAGAUGCAACAGAAAUGUUUGGAAAAAUAAAACUGGACAAAAAAUCAACUACGAAAACUCAAAAGACGACAAAGAAAGAGAAACAAUCAUCUGAAAUUCCAAAAACAAUACCAGAAGAUCAAUCAAUUAAAUUAAAUGUUUCAAAUCUUGCUGAUCAAAAGUUUGAAGAAGAAAAUUAUGAAAAUCAAUCGAUAAGUGAAGAAAAAAGUAUUGGCGUAGUUGAUAAUGAUCUUGAUGGUAAACUUGAAUCCUGCGAAGAGCAACCUAUUCAAAAUGAUCAGGUAAUCCAAACUCAAAUGUUUGAUGCUAUAGAACCAAGUAAAGAUAAAUCCAAUACCACUUCCAUAUCUUACGGUCUUAAUGAUUCUAAAAUUGAUCAAAUAAAUUCUCUAUUAAUUACUCAAGAUGAAAGCCACAAAGAUAAUUCUCAUAUUGCACAAAAAGAUAUGAAUCAGACUCUUACUCAUUGCGAAGAUCAAGAUGAAACAACAACAAGCAUUGAUAUUCUUCGAAAAACCACUGCAAUUAAACCAAAAGUCAGUUUAUCAAAUAUAACAGUGCAAGAACCGUCUACCAAAUUGCGGACAGAAAAAAGUGUAUAUGAAAACGAAAACACAAUCGAAAAAAUGAAUACUGAAAUAUGCUGUUCUAAUUCUGCAAAGACAAUCUCCGAAGUAGACAAAACUAUAUCCUGCUCAUCAAAGGUUGACAAUCUAGAAUCACUUAAUUUAGGAAUUGUCGAAAGCUCAUCUUUGCCUUUGAAAGACGUUGAUGUUGAGGACUUUAGAAGAAAAAAUAUUAAAACAGAAGAAGAGCAAGAUCUUUCAGAAACAUCUUCAGAGAACAUUGAUGAAAGUUCCCUUUUAAAACAUCACAAUAAAGACGAAACAAAAAGAAAGCUCAUAAUUCGUAUACCUAAAAUGUUAGUUUCAACAGAAAAAUUACCGAAACAAAAUGUUUUAAGAAAGAAGAAAUCGUCUAAGAAAAAAUCGAAAGCAAACAAAGUAUAUUCAACUUUAAUUUCGAAAAAUUUAGAAAAAAACCUAGUUGAAGAACCACUAAUAGAUGAUGAUUCUAUACUAUCAACAAAAGAGCAAGAAUUUUAUGAAUCUAUUGAUAUCCAAGUAAAAAAAGAAAUCACAACGGACGAAGGGGACAAACACCAAACAAAUGAACGCGAAUUAAAUGCUAAGGAAAUAAAUGCACGGCUGGAAGAUGAUGAAGAAUCCCUAACAAAAAUAUCAUCAAAGACGAACAAAGCUAAAAGCUCUGAAAUACCACAAACAAACAAAAAUAUGGUUGAAUCAAUACCAGUAUCGGAAAAUUUUAAAUUAUCACCCGAACAGGAAACUAAAAACUUGGAUAUUUCGAAAACAAAUGUUUCAAACGAAUCACUACCUAUUGAAAUUCAAGACGAUUUGAUGAUUUGCAUUAACAAAAAAUUACAAAAAGCUAAAAAAAAGAACAAAAAAACAAAAAAAGGUGCUAAAAGCAAAGCAAAGAAAUUAAAAAUUACUAGUGAUGAAUUGACAGCGGUAAAAGAUUCAACAUUUGCUACUAAUAAUGGUAAAGAUCAUAUAUCCAAAGCUCCAGAAUGUAUUAGCCCUCAAAAAGAUCAUCAUCAAACGGACUCGGAAGAGAAUAUAAAUAGGGUAGAAACGGAGAAACCAAAACUUAAAGCUAUUGUUGAGAACGUCAUUGGGCAUAAAUCCUUCGAAAAAGCGAUUUUAAAAGAAACUUCAAAGAAUACGGCAGCUUCAAGUAUUGAAAUUCCAAUCUCCAAAAGUGUAGAUAAUGAUGAGUCAAAACUGCUGAAAACACCGACCGAAUUAUCAGAAAAAACGAACAUCAAUAAUCUGCAGGAACAUAUCAGCGAAACAGCAAAUUUUAUUGCCAAUGUGAUUCAGUUGAAUAAAGAAAUUAGGGAAACAUCAACAGAAGAGUCGAUAUUAAAGAAGAAGAAAACAACAGUUGAAACAAACAAUUCAUUUGAUUCCAUUAAAGAAUCUACACCGCCAACAGAAAUACAGACACAUAAAAUAAAGGAAAAAAAGGUCGAAGUUGAUAUUACUUCAGAUGAUAGCCUUAUCAAAAACGCAGAAUGUCAAACCGAGCCAAAGUCAACUAUUAAAACUUAUAUCCAGCCUUGUUCUAUUAAAUGUUCAAAAUUUUCAGAUGCUUCUCCGACUAAACACUUAGAUUCGAAAAAUGGUCAAACAGAUAUUUUGAAAAAUAUUGUUGAGUUGAAAGAUGAUUUGGUAAAAAAUCGAAAUCAAGAAGUUUUUUCUCAAAUAACAUGUGCCAAGCAUCGAAAUAGUAUGGAACCAGAUUCAUCGUCUCAAUUAGCAACAGAACUAAAAAGAACUGAAAAUACUUUAACUGAAGAAGAAUCUAAUCUUUCAACAAGAGUUCAAGUUGCAGACCUAGAUGAGCCUUCAGUUAUUUCUGAUUCAGAAAUUUCUCAGCAAAAUACAUCGGUUGCCUUAGAAUCAGAUAAAUCAAUAGUUUUUUAUCCUUCAAGGGAUAGCGCUGAAGAUCAAGAAGUUUCUUCUAUUACAUCUAAAACAAAUGAAAGCGGUAUUGCGACUUAUUACAAUUACAAUGAUGAGAAUGGUACGCCUGUAAUGGAUGAAAAGAACACAGCAGAAGAAGAUUCCCCUUCUAGUCAAUGUAAAAUUAUUUCCUUGAGUAAAAUAAGAGUUCCGACAGCUGAAGUCCAUGAAAUCACAGCUUUAUUACUAUCUCAAUCAAAAGAACCUCAAACGAAACCACUGUCAGAUAAAGUCGAACCGGCAACAGAACCACAUCCCAUUUAUUUUGAGAAGGUUGAAAAGUGUAAUGCCAACCCAGAGGAAUCAACAACUCCGUCAUGUGAUGCUCCAGAUGAGAAUUUUGAACUUUGGUUGAAAAAAAUUGGUAUUUCAAAAACUUGUGCUUCGAGUGGCAAAAUUAGUCUAAGUCCAUCGAAAUCAAUUCGAUAUUCUUCGGAGAAUCAAAAAAAUGACCGCAAACAGAAAAGGCCACAAAGAGUGCAAAAGCUUGAAGCCGAUCCAACAGAUCAAAAGUGUUUUAACUUCGAAGAUUUAAACGCUGCAGCUAUAUUGACCUCAUUUAAAGCUCAACAGAAAAAAAACACUAGGUCUCGAAAGGGAUUUCAGCCAACUAGGAUAACAAGAAGUGCUAGUCAAAUGGUAGACCAAGCUCAAGCAAUUUUGUUACAUGAUUCUGAAUCUGAGACUUUUAUUUCAUCAAUGAGUUGUCCACAAAGUCAGUGUGAAAAGGACCCAUUGGAAAACUUAAAGUUAACUCAAUCAAAUGUUUCAUCAGAUAGCGACGAUGCUGGGAAGUUAGUGAUUGACUUAGAUACCAAGAAAUCAACAAAAUCUAAAGCAAACAAGAAACAAAACCCGAAACAUAUGAAAAAGGAAAAAGCUCCCCUUAAAAAGAACAACAAAGCUGUAAAAAAAAUUACUUUCAAUCCAAUUGUUGAGGUUUUUGAAGCAAGUUCUCCUGACGUUUUUAAGAGUCGAAGAACGCGGACAAGGUCAUCAAGAGAUUUGUUAACUAAUAGCCCAGCACCAAUUACAAACACAACCAAGUCGAGGAGCGGAACUCCAAAGCCAAAAAAGAUCGGACAAAAUACCACAGAAAACGAUGUAUUUGUAGAUCGUGUCAAAAUAUUAAGAACACCUAUAAAGAAGGGUAAACUACGAAUAAGUUUUGAUGAAUCUCUUGGAAACGCCGAACAAUCUACAAUAAUAAAUGAAACAUACAAAGAAGCUUAUCCUAAUAUAAGUAAUUAUACGCCGCAUAACAUGAACCAAGAAACAUGGCUUGAAAAUCUUACUUUGCGCAAAACCAGUAAAUCGUUAGAUUUAGAAGUCAAACAAAUUUUGGAAAAUGUUUCCAUGUCUAGAAAAGUCCUCUCUGAACCGGAUUUACUAAAAGCUCCUAAAAUCGAUAUUACUUUUCUUCAAACAAAACCAACAGUAAGUGAAAAUGAUUUGGAAGAUCAAAAUAAAACUAAAUCAAAGAAUGAAACUUUUGAACUUGAUCAAAUUCCACCUAAAAAAGUAUCUCCUAAAAUAGAAACAUUAAAAACGUAUAAGCAGCUCAAAGGUAAAAAUUUAAAUAAGUGUAUACGGCGGCUAUCAAUGGAAGAUAAUGCCAAAGAAGAUAAGGCCAAAGCAAACAAAUCAAUAAGCAGAAAGAGAACUAAUACCAUUUCCGAUUUAAUUAAACCAUCAAAAUUACAAAAGAAGAAUAAAAUAAUAAUUAAAGAACCUAAACUCUCUAAAGAUUUCAUGGCAUCACCUGUAUCGUUCUCUGAAACUGUUAAGUGUGAUCUUAUAACCUCCACUCCUAAAACAACUACUGCAUUAGUCUUAGAACAAGAAAACGGAACAAUCUUCACAUUUACUGGGACACACAUUGAUAAAAAUGGGAAAGAUACAAAGAAGUCAAAUGUUGAAAAAGUUGAAACCAUUGAAAAAGUCGAAACUAUUGCAGACAAAAAUAAUACUUCGAUGGAAGUGUCAAGUUUUAAUAAAGUCGAAAAGCACUAUACAUCAACUUCAAAAGAGGCGAAGAAAUCAAACAAAACGGCCAACGAGAAGUCUUCAAAACAACAAAAGAAGCCUAAAAUAUUGAUUAAAGAACCAAAACCUUUCGAAGAUUCAAUUGAACCUGUGGCACCACUUAUUAACACCCUUUCGGAAAGUGUUCAAUCUUCUGUUACUAACUCGAUUCCAGAGUUAAAACAAGAAAACCAAUUCCUUCCAUUUGCUGAAAUAAAAAUUGAAAAAGAAGAUGUUGAAGAAAACGCAACUGUAGAAGAAGCGGCAAUUGUGAAUGAAGUCGAAAAACCAGUUAAAUCAAUUACAAUAAACACAAGAACUUAUAGCAUUGUUGAUUUAAAGAAAUCUUCAAAACCAAGCAAAAAAACUAAAUCUUUGACUAAGGAACCUACACUUUUCGAAGAUCCAACUGCACCUACAACACAACGUUGUGACUCUCCCUCUAAAACCGUUGAAUUAAGUACUACUAAGUCGAUUCAUGAAGUUAAAAUCAAUAUUGAUAAAAACGAAAAAGGACAACAAGAUGCAAAAGCUGAAGUAGCAAUCAUAGAAAAAUCAAUAUCUGUGGCAGAGAUCUUCAAUUCCAAAAUGGAAGGCGAAGAACAAGUUAAAUCAACCUCAAAAGAGGAAAACAAAUCAACCAAAAUAAGAACUUACAGCAUUAGCAAUUUAAAGAAAUCUUCAAAACAAGAAAAAAAAUCUAAACCAUUGAUUGAAGAUCCCACACCUUUCGAAACACCAAGCGCUUUUAUAGCCCCAAAUAAAGACUCGCCUUCUAUAACUAUUAAAUCUUCCUUUACGAACUUGCCUCUGGAAGCUGAAACCAAAAUUAAUAAAAACAAAAAUGAAAAACAAAAUUCAGAUGUUAAAGAAGUCGAAACCAUCGAACAAUCAGAACCUAUUGCACUACUAUUGAGUAUUGCAAUGAAAGUCGACACCGAAGUUAAGUUAAUCUCAAAAGAGGCAAAAAAUUCAACCAAAACGGUUGUCGAUAUAAUUAAACCUUCAAAAGAACUGAAAAAGACUGAAAUUGAUAGGGAAGAUAAUGAAGAAUAUCAAACAUCUGCAAAGAUUGAAGGAAUGGAAACCAACGAACAAUCCGAACCUAUCGCACACCAAUUAAAUACUGCAAUGCAAGUCGUCAGCCAAGUUAAAUUAAUCUCAAAAGAGGACAAGAAUUCAAGCAAAACGGGAAUUUCUAAAAUUGCCGAAACAGAACAACUGGACAAGCCUAAAAUAUCAAUUACGGAACCCACACUUUUCGAAGACCCCAUGGCACCCACAACAUUACAUAGUAAAUCUCCUUCCGAUACUAUUAAAUCUGCUCUUAUUGACCCGAUUCAUAAAAAUACCGAAAAUUCAGCAUUUACUGAAACUAAAAUUGAUAAGGAAGAUAUUGAAGAAAAACAAAAAAGUCCAAAGAUUGAAGAAGUAGCAACCACCGGGCAAGCGGAAUCAAAGAAAAAUGAAGUGUUCGAUACCACAAUGGAAUUAGCAUGUUUGAAUCAAGUCGAGAAGCUCGUUAAUCCAACCUCGAAAGUGAAAUGUUCAAAUGAACAAAAUGACCCUAAAACUCUGAUUCAAGAGCCUACGCCUUUUGAAGAUCCUAACGUAUCUAUAACACCUCAUAAUGACUCUUCCUUCAAAACUGUUAAAAAUCCUCUUGCUAAGUCUACUCCUGAAAACCCCACAAAAUCAGAUUUGGAUCUAGAAUGCAAAAAAGUUGCAUCAGUUGAACCCAUAAUUGAUACAAAACUAGAUCCUGCAAAUGUGGAAGGAGUCCCAAUCAUAGAGGCAGCCGAACCUAUUGCGAAAGCAUUCUCUACUGAAAUCGACAUAAAAUGUUUAAAUGAAGUUAAAAAACAAGUUAAAUCAAUCUCAAUAGAGGCGAACAAAUCAACCGUUAUGGAAACUUGCCCAAUUGUACCAGAUGAAACAACUGAAAUUCCACAUAGAGCCAUCGAACAGGACAAAUCUUUUGGAGAAGUGUUCAACAGUACAAUAGAAGAAGCCGAAAUAGAAGUGAACUCAACCACACCCAAAAUAGUAUUCAAUAACAUUGCUGAUUUUAUAAAAUCAGACAAUACGACACCCACGUCAUCUAUGGUUGUGACAUUAAAUGAAGAGCAAUGCGUUGGAGAUAAACAAGACAAAAGUGCGUCGAGUUGUGACAUAUCAUUACUUUCCGAAAAAGAUGUUAAUAACCCAAUUGAUUUACCUAAAGCCCCAAAGCUAUCUUCCCCAGUCGAUACCCCUACGAAAAAAGAAGAUGCUCUUCAAAGAAAUUUGGCAAUAUCAAUUGAUAAAGUUUUCCAAAAUAAGGGCAUACAUGAAGAAAACACAAAACAGGAAUCAGAAAAUUCUACAGCCCAAUCAAAAGAUGCUAACUAUUUGAUGAAAAAAAUAAGCGACACGUCUCCCAAACGUAAACGCUCCUUCUUAGAUGGGGUCGAUGCCGUUGUAAAUGAUCCAGUAGGUCGACGCAGAACUUCUGACGUAGAUGGUUCUGAACUAUCAUUUACAAAUUCUCUCGAAUUGGACAUCCCUUUUGUAAUUGAUGCUGAAAAUUUCGCCGAUCAAUCACGUCAGCAGCCUUUGCCCACACAGUCCGAACCCCAGCAAUCAUUAUCGGAAAUAAUGUUUUCAGGAACUCGGGGACAAGACGAUGAAGAUAAACUGGGACAAGACGAUGAGGAUAAAUUGCAUACAGUUAACACGAAAUUGGCUAUCGAACCAGUUCCGACCUCCAGUCCAAAUGAAAAUGAUAAUAAUCUUUAUCCACUUGAUGAAAUCUUCGCGUAUUUAUCUACAUCUACACUCACAAAUGUGCCCGAAAACGUUUCAGGUGCUAAUUCUGAAAGUGCCGAAAAACCAAAGAUUGAUGUUAAAAAAUCUGACUUGAUACAAAAAGAAGUUGAUACUUUGAAGGCAAGUUUCGGCGAUGGGAAAACUUCGGAGGCAGGAGAAAAACACACUGUCGAUGUGAGAUCAUCUGAAUAUGAACUCAACAAUACUCCCACAAGUAUUAGUUCCCCAGAGGAAAUUUUAAUGAGUCCAAAAACAAAACCUAGCAGAGCUCAUGUAUUAAAGUUAUUCCACAAAACAACACCAGAGAAAAAAGUUUCAAUCGAAGAGUCUCCGGAAAGUAUUCUAGUAAGUAAGUUGAAAUCUCGUCAAAAACCUUUUUGGAAACUUUCCAAAACACCUACAAAACCGAAAGUUUUUGAAGAAAAUACUGAGUCUACAAAAUUAGAUACUUCCACGUCUGUAAUAAGCCUGGCAGAUAGUCGUUAUACAAUGGAUGACGUAAAGUCUCUUCCGUCAAUUUUGGACGAAAUUUUUGAGGAAAAACAUACAAACCCUUCAAUCAAGAUUGAAAAUAUAUUAACCGAAUCCAAUUUGAUAGAUGUCGACUCUAAAAAGCCCAUUUCAAACAGUUUAUCGCCUGAAACCGACGAUCUGUUUGAUAGACUAAAAAAUGAAGCUCCUGUAAACAAAAUACUCAAACCUGUUAUAGAAGAUACUUCAUUCUUGAAAAUUAAAGACAAAUCUACCAUAAACUCUUCUACACAUCAGAUUAUAGAAACUAAAACGCAAUCGCUUACAUUGGUUUCUUCUAUUCCCUCAACCUCUUUACAGUUGGAUGAACAAAAAGGUAAAACCAACAAAUCGCUUCCACAUAAGAUAAAUAUUAUAGACCAAAUUACUUUAAAUUCGAAAAAUUCAAAUACUUUAGAGACGACCACAACUACAUCUUGCAAUGAUUUAGACCAAACACAAAAAACUUGCCUUGAUGAAAAGUCAUUUAAUUUGAAAAAAAUUGAUAAGCAUAACAAAAAUUCUCCUCAAGCCAGUGAAAAUGAUGUUGAUCUUCAGAAAAUCGUAUCACAAGAAACGGUUUACCAGUUUCCAAUUUCUGCUGCCGAAAAUUCACUAGAAAUAAAGCCAGCAGAAAUAACUAAAGAAAAGAAGAUAACUUCUAAAACUGAUCCAUCUGUUAAAGAUGUACCGUCUAUACCCUCGAAUCCACCUUCUCAAAAACCUGUCAAUCAAUGUUUAGAAACCAAAAUCUCAGAUCCAACAGAAAAAGCAAAAAAAAAUCAAUCAACUUCUGAAAAGAACGUAGUUGAAACCAGCAAGUCAUCUCUGAAGACAUUUUCUUUGUCAAACAAUGUUCAGCAACAAAUUUCUAGUUCCGAGAUACCUGUAACAUCGGCAACAGUUGUGGUUGUUUCUUCUAUUAAUACGAUCCCUGAAACACCGGUUAAACCUGAAACUUUGGUUGCUAGUGGCUUAAGCACUACUAACAAAACUCCUUCAAGUUGCAAAAAAGUGUUAGAUCAAUCUUUUGUAACAAAGACCAUCGAUCCGUCUGAAAACAUAAAUGAAACUCAACCAGUUUUAGCUAAAAAACUUCCUACGCCUUCUACGUUAACUUUGAAACGAAAUUCUGCAUUCAAUGUUGUAACAAAAAGUCAAGAACCUCCAUCUAAAAUACUCUGCACCGAGAUUUCAAAUAAACCAGUACCUGUCACAAUAGUUUCUUCUACGUCUGCGAUGCCUACAUCGUCAGUGAAUCAAAUGAUUUUAAAACCAUGUGCACAAAAAAUUCCAGUUAAAGUUAUUUAUCCUAAAAAAUCCAUAAUGCAAAUUCCAAUCUCCGAAACUACAUCGACGGUUCCGUGUGUUAAAAUCAGUGAAAUUCACCGAACUCCAGAAAAUAAACCAAAUGUUAAUGAAUCUAAGUCAUCUCUGAAACGAUACCCCUCGUUAAGUGAUGCUACAAAAGUUCAUGAACCUCCAUCUAAAAUUUUGCGCUCUGAAAAUUCUGCAAUGUCUGUUUCUUUGCAGCAUCAAGUUUCACCCUCUACGCUGAGUCAGAAAUCUGCACCAAAAAAUCCAUAUUGUAAUUUUACCACUUCAAGCCCGAAUGUUUCAAACGUUAAAACACCCGUACGUAACGAAGCAGUAACAAAACCUUCAAUGCUUCAAAAAAAUUCCACAAUUCAGAUUGACAGUCCAUCAAACCAAAAAUUGGUAGAAUCUGUAUUAAAACAAUCUGCUAUAUUCUCAUCUCGUAGCCCGAAGAAUUCUAAAACAAUGACGCCUCCUGUGCACACUACUGAAAAAUCAAUCUCAGUUGCACCCCCCAAGACAGUAACUCCUUUAAGGACACCUGGACAUACAACUCACUCAGACAAACCAAGACCAACACCAGCGCCAACAUCAAAAUCACAUAACGUACAACCGGGUACGCCAAUGUCAAAACCGUCAAAUUCAGGGUCGAGAACACUGAACGCAUUGUCUGCGGAUUUAAAAAGGGUUAGUGUUGACGUGGAAAAGAUCAAAAACGAUUUAGGUAAAUUGCCCGAAAUCGAUGAAAACUAUAUCGUUCACAAACGUCGUAAGUUUUUACUUGAAGAGCUUGAUAAUAAACAAAAAGAGUUAAAUGAAUUAAAGAAGAAAUACCAAGAAUAUGAGAAGCACACUCGUGUACUGAAAGCACAUUCCGAACGAAAACCAAUUGACAAAGAUCAUCCGCAACACCAUCAUCAACACCACAACCAACAGCAUAGACCAAAUGUGUCCCAAUCAAAUGACUUGAAAAGAAAAUACGAUCACUCAAGGCCACAUUCAGAGCGUCAGUUUUCGAAACCCAAUACUUCUGGUUCUGGUCAUAGUUCGCAUGUAGAAAGGCAGAAAGAAAGGAAUCACACUUAUGUGAAUAAGUUUAGCGAGCUUGAUAAAAUAAAUUUUGCAAAUAAAAAUUAUCAAUCAGCUGAUAUAAACUCUGAAGCAAAGAAAUUGCCACCCUGGGAACCGAAACAACUCACUGCGGAUGAAAUUAUUCGAACAUUGCGUCACAAAUAAAACAAAAAAAUAAAGAA